AAUUGAAAUAGCAAAAAAAAGGCAAGGAUUUUCGUCUGUUUUUUUUUGCGUAAAGAAUUGCCUUAAACAGCAUAUAUUGGAUAUUUUUACCAAUUGAUGGGCUGUGGAGGGUCAACGCUGAAAGAAGAAGAAAGACAUUAUAAAAAGAUUUCGCCUGAAAAAGAAUUGGAUAGAGAGGAGAAUUCUAAACAAAAUAGAAUAAAUUGUCAAACGUCACAGAACAUUUUAAGUAGGAGAACAAUAGAUAAAAACUCAAUUGAGGAUAGUAAACAUUUAGAGAAUUCGAUUGAGAAUAAAGAAGAAGAACUACUGUUGGAAGAAAAUCAAUCUAGAAGGGAAGAGUUAGAAAUAAAACAAGGUCAAACUGAAGAAUCUAUUCAAAAUUAUAUCGACAUGGAUCAGGAAUCUUUUCAAUUGGCUCUAAAAUAUGCAUCGAGAGCAAUGAAGAAGGAAAGCUUAUUGGAAAAAUGUAACAAAAAUGUAACAGAGUUUAUAAUGAAACAAGCGUUACCAAACAACAUUUCGCUGAUGUCUGUAUUAGCAAGGAUUUCCCACGUAAAACUUCUUGAUGUGUCUAAUAAUAAUUUAGCACCACCGUCCUGCCGAUUACUACUUAUUUGCUUACGUAAUAAUCGUACGGUUGAAAUUUUUAAUAUGGCAAAUAAUAAGACCGAUACGGAUACGGCUAAAUGUAUUGCAGAUUUAAUCGACUGCAAUAAAACCAUAAAAAGUUUAGAUAUCUCUGAUAAUGUAUUAGGCAAAGAUUUCUUUUCGAGAUGUUCAUCUGAUCAAUUAAAGAAGAACGUUACCCUUGAGAUUCUAAGAUGCGAAUCGAUUGGUCACGUUGAUAUGUCUGAAAUGUCUAAAGGAAUCAAAUGUAAUCGAUCAUUAACUGAAGUUAUAUUCAAUUAUAAUCAAUUAAAUCGUAACUGUACGGAAUUUGCUAAAAAUUUAACUGAAUGGAUGCAAUCGGAUUUCUGUUCCUUAAAAGUUUUAUCGUUGAAAGGCUGUGAUUUGAGUUCUAAUGAAAUGAAAAUACUAAUUGAAGGUUUAAAGGAUAAUAAGGGUUUAGAAUACUUGAAUAUGUCUGCGAAUCAGUUGGAAAACUAUACGGAUUUGGCCCUUUUAUUGGCGAUUUCUCUUUCUCAUCCUCGAUUAAGAGAUUUUUUUAUUGAAAAUAUGAAAAUUAAUUCUACAGAUGGAGCUUCUACUCCAAGAAAUGUUGACAAACUAACAAACUGGAACUGGGCUGAUUGUGAUAAAUUAGAAGAAUAUAUAUCAUAUAUGCCAAAAUUGAAAUAUUUAAAUAUAAGAAACUCUAGUAUUGGUAAAGAAAAGUAUUUUACUAAAUUUCUUCAAAAAUUACCAAGUUUAUCACUUGUUAAAUUAAUUCUAGACGGUAACAAACUUUCAAAUUCAACCAUUGUUGAAAACUUAGCAAAAAAUGGUGUGAAUUUGGAAGCAAUUAGUUUAAGUAAUUGCUCAUUGACUGACAAAGAUAUCGUCUCAAUUGGAAAUUGCCUUAAAAGCGGAUCCCUGAAGAGUUUACAGAUGAUAAAAUUAUCAGCAAACAGAUUAAAGGAUACAGCUCCUCUACUUUGCUCUAAACAACUACGUCUACUCGAUCUGUCAAUUAAUGAGAUCCCUACAGAUGGAGCUACGGCUCUUGCAAACGCUCUUACUGAGAAAACAGUAUCAAUCGAGACUAUCAAUAUAUCUAACAAUCAAAUAGAAAUCGAAGGGCUACAAAAUUUGAUACUAUGCUUGAAUAAGACUUCUUUAAAACAUUUGAAUAUUGCCGAUCAAUGCGUUUCGUUUGAUGAAGAUGAAAUUGAAAGAUUGUAUGACGAUUUGGCAACAGCCAUAGAUAUCAAACUAGAAGAAGAUAGUAAUUCGUUUAAGAGUAAAGAAUUUUUCAUUAAAAUGACUGGAUUAGGGGGUUUUACCAAUGAAAAAUGUUCACUUUUAAAUUGCCAAGCUAUUCAAACCGACUACAAGAAUGAACGAUGUUUAAGCCUAAACUUUAACGAUAUUUGUUCUAUUUGCGUCUAUUUACGAGGAUAUGAUAAUUCCAAAUGUAUGAUUACUCAAGAUGAAUGGAAAAUUAUUAAUGAUGCAGCAAAAUCUUCUCCCGCUUGGUUACAAAUUCCGAGUAAUUUAGAAAGAACUAUUUUCGUAUCAAACGUACCUGCUAGUGCUACUGUUAGAACUAUCGAAGAUGCUUUAGAAGCUGACGCAAACUGUAAUGUAGUUGAGAUUUUUAUGUGUAUAGAUCAAAUUUCAAAAAGUUCUACAGGUGCUAGUUGGAUUCUAUUAAAAGAUCAAAAAGACGUCAGUGAAGCUAUGAAGUGGUAUCAUUCGGGAAAAGCAAAAAUAAGGAACGAAUCAAUAAAGAUUGGCUCAUUAGAUGUCACUUUAACGAAUAUAGAAGACAUAAAUCAUUUAACAAAGAAAGCCGAGGAAGAAAUUGAAAGACGUAAAUUAGAGCAAAUAAAGCUGGAUAAAGAACAUAGAGACCUAAUUCAAAGAUCAUAUAGAGAGAGUCAGGAAAGACACGCCUAUAGAUUGGCCCAUCCAGCCUACGCUGAUGGUAGAAUAUGGUAA